ACUUUAAACACUUAGUAUGGGAAUACAAAGACAUACGGAAAGCAUUGAAGACAAACGCACAUAUACAUAUACAUAUACAUAUAUAGUCGUAUAAUCAUGAUUACAAUCUUAGUCAUAUUAUAUAAUAAACAGCACUUCAAAAAUACUGAGAUUUUCAGAACUGUUACGAGAAUUUGGCCUGAAAACCUGGGAAUUAACCAUAAUCGCGAAAAGGGAUAUUUUCCUUAAAACAAGAAAAAUAGAAACAACACAGAGACAUAAAUAUGGUGUAACGAUGACAUAGGAAAUCAACAGCACCGUCCAAUGAUUUCACUUGCCCUAGACACGUGGCGCUUUACCAUUCCAUCCCCCGUUGUCCCGUUUGAUAAUCCCUUCGGCUCACCGGAGAGACACAGAAAGGCUAGAAAGAGAGAGAGAGAGAGAGAGAGUGAGAGAGAGAGAGAGAGUAGAGAGAGUGAAGAGUGAGAGGAGAAGGAAGGCGAGAGAGAGAGUGAUGAAUAAAGAUGAGCUGUGGCGCUCGCUAAGAUGCGCCGGGAAGGCGCAGGAUAAGGCUGUCGUCGAAACCCUCAUGCUCCGGUACCGUCCGAUCGCUCCAAAGCCAACGACUGGUCAACCGUCCGUGGGAGACGGCAGCAACUCGUACGGUACCAGCAAAAGAACAAAGAGAAAAUACGUUAGGGUUUCGAAGAAUAAUAAGAAUAAUUGCAGAAGAAAAGGCAGAUCUGAAGCAUCUGAAUCGGAGAAUGAGCCGAAAGCCUCCGACGAUGUCGUCACACUUCAGCUAUUACCGGAGAAAUCUGAUCUGAACGACGAAUCUACGCCGUUGAGCUCAGAGAAUUUCGAUCCGACGGUGGAAAGGAUAACCGCAGGGAAACCCCACGUGAUCGGCACGUGGAUCGUUGUCAACGGCGGAGGUCCGGCGGAUCCGUCGGCGGGGAUGCGGCGGGAAACGGUGGUGGAGUCGUGGGUGACGGUGGAGUCCGUUACAGGAGCAUGCGACGUCGGUGGUUCGAGUUCCCAUGCUACGGGGUGUACGGACGUGGAGAUAUUGGAGACAUUAGACAAGGACACGUGUCCCUGGUUCAUAUCCGACAGCUCGAACCGCGUGAUGUGGGUGAACGAAGCAUACAGGAGAACUGUGUCCUGCAGCAUCGACGGAGGAGAGCCGCCGGUGGUGGUGGUGACGUUGGUGACGGACGGGACGACGCCGUUCCACGAAUUCCAGAGUUUCACGUGUAGGGUUCGGCUAAAGUACACGUGGCAGGAGGCGAGGUACACCAAAACGGUGCCGUGUGAUGCGUGGAGGAUGGAGUUUGGUGGAUUUGCAUGGAGGCUUGACACCAGAGCUGCUUUAUCUCUGCGCCUUUGAUGAUGGCGCUUCUCGCUGGGAUCAGAAGGUUCGCAAAAGGAAAUACGGACCGAAAGAUGAAAUUUAUUUCAUGUGGUAAAGUGUGAGAAAUCGCCCGAGCAAGAAGAAAUGUAUGUGUAUAAAAAGAUGCCAUUGCGUGGAUUUGUAUUGAUUUGGGUUGUGUUCUCUCACCAAUUGACAAAAACCCAUUUCGAAAAAUCGGAAUUUUCAAA